AUGCCGUCUCUACCUCUCUCUACCAGUCUUUUUCUCUCGAUUUUCGUUUUUUCAGUUGCUAACGCGCAAGACUGCUCGACAACAUGCGAGAGCUUUGGGGUAGACUUCGUCGACGGAGGCUCAUAUUUUCAAAACAUCGAAUCUACGAACCCCUUUACCGCCUUUGAGGAGUUCCAAGGCUGCCAGAACGACACUGCCGACAACAUCCUUGUCGAUCCGAGUGGCACGCAAUAUGAAUGCAACCUGACGCAGAUGCAGCCAUCCGACAGUCAGCAACUCGUCACAUGGUGAGCUGCACUGAGCCUUCUCUGGCGCCCUCGGUAUUGAUCUUUACGUGUAGUCCCAUCAACAAAGAUCAACUUGUUUCUGGAAACUGGUCCAUGAUUGUGAUUAGCAACAACGGGCAAUGCCAGCCGAUCGACUAUGUUCGACAGUUCAGUCUGAGUGUCGGCGAGCAGUCUACUGUCAGUGUGGGCCCGACUGUCACGUUCACUUCGACCACGACUCCUAUCUCCAGUACGAUUGUGACGUCCACCAUCACGCUGGAAUCUCCCGCACCGCCUGUCAUCACCACUGCGAAUGGCGGUCGUGCCCAAGCGACAGUCACUGUCAUUCCAGGUACAUCCUCAGUCGCUGGAACGCACGAGACACAGAAGCUAACCAGUCGCAGGCCCGGUUGUCACCAUCGUUACCAAAGGUGUCUACACCUACGUUCAAACAUCUCAAAUCGCAGACAUUGUCGCUACCAGCACGAUCACGAAUUCGGAACCCUGCCAGCCAACAGCAAACCAACCUUUCGCUUUCAACGCCAUCCAACAGCCUGCAUUGAAAAUCCCAGACCGCGUCAAUCGCGACAUCUUCCCCACCGUCGGCCCCCAUGCAUUCCUGAAAACGCCGACUUCCCGCGUCAAACGCGCUCUCAUGGAACGUCGACAAGUCGUCGAGGUCCGCAACGCCAUUGCAAAGCGUCAUCCCGAUUCCCCCACCACGACCAUCGUCGACAAUAACAUCCCGGCGUCCACCACGACUUCCAUCAUCACUGGCUCCACGCAGCACGUUACUGGAACGACCACAAUUCUUCGGACAGUGACUACCACACCGACGGUUACUGUGGCCCGAGGGCAGCCAGUCACCACGGUCACCGCGAGCGGCUUCACGUUCACGCAAUACUUCUUCGUCCCCGUGGAGACGUCGACGGUGUAUCACACGUCGCAGGUGACGGCUAGUGUCACGAAGACUGUGAGUGCUUGUUGA